AGAGGGAACGUGCCGGCGGGAGAUCUGCGUCGUGCAUUCUAGGAGGGCCGCUCGAACGGCGUAGCUAAGGGACCGUCUGCUAAUCGUAAUCCUCUUUACAGACGGUCGUUGUUGCAGAACGUGACACCCCAAGGCCCAGCCCGGGUGGUUUGGGGCUUUAUGGCGUCUGGUGGGGGGAACACUGUCUCAAGGGGUCCCGGGGGGAGCCGGGAAGAAGGGGGGCGCAAAGGCGGCGAGAGGGGUGCCUCGGAGAGGCGGAGGCUGAAAAACAUGGUAGCUGAUCAACUGAGUCGGGACAUGAAGAGGCUUCUUCUAGAGGAGAUCCAAACAGACAUCACAUUCUGUGUUGGCAGCACUCUUCUUAAAGCUCACAAGGCAGUGCUUGUAGCAAGAGUUCCCGAUUUUUUCUUCCGUGUCUGUGGGAGAAGGUUAAAUACUCUAACCGAAGAUGAAUGUAUAAAUCUGGAGAAUCUGGAUCCCUCUGAAUUUAAAUCGUUUCUGCAGAUUGUAUAUUCUUCUGAUGGAAACAUUAAAGAGGCCAAGCAAGAGAUUUUUGAGAAAGGAGUAUCAAAGCUCAGAUUUACAAAGGAAGAUGAAAGUCUUCAAGUCAGCCAUCUAGAGAGUGGUCAGAUGCCAGCCGAACUGUGCCUGGAAAAUCAUGAAAGGACACUUGGGCAUCAGUAUGCCUUGAACAGUGCUGUAGAAACAGAAUCUGCUGCUUUCCCUUUUAUUGCAAAUGAAAUUCCUGAAGAAGCUGUAGAUGCUGAAGGCAAUAGAACGAUGUCAGUUAAUUCUGCAUCUGAUUUAGGAAAAGACCUGCUGAUGCUCUACAAGAAAUCUUGGUUUUCAGAUAUUAAUAUUUGGAUCGAUGGAAAACAAUUCCAAGUGCACAGGGCCAUACUGUGUGCCAGAUCUAGUUACUUUGCUGCUAUGUUGAAUGGGAGCUGGGCCGAAAGCUCUCAAGAGCACAUCAGUCUUCAAGGGGAUGGAUUCCUCGAUAUACAGGCAGCAAACAUGGCCACCGUGUGGCGGAUCAUCGCUGGACGCAUAAAUCAUGUAGAAAUGACUGUCAUUCUGCAUUUUAUCUAUGGAGCAAUUUUGGAUUUCCCAGAUAAAGUAGAUGCUGGUUGUAUACUGAGCAUUGCAGAUAUGUAUGGACUAGAGGGUCUGAAAGAAGUAGCUAUAUAUGUUCUGAAAAGAGACUACUGCAACUUUUUUCAAAAGCCAGUGCCUGGAAAACAUCAGCCCAUUUUAGAAUGUCUAGCUAUUGCCUAUUCAACAGGAGAAGAAAGCCUUUAUGAAGCUUGCAUGAAGUGGCUAGUACAGAAUUUUGUAAGAUGUUGGUCAGAUAAGAGGUUUGCCACUUUACCUGCUGAGCUUCAGAACAAUUGUCUUAAAAUGUUGGUGCAUUCAUUGAGCCCACAGAAUGCAGCCCAUCUUCUGAUGGAAACAAACCAGCUGAUCAACAGUCUUCCACAAGUAAAAUGGACUGAAACUGCUCUUGCCUUGGCAUCCAGGCUGCAAGAAGAGUGUGUAGAGUUCAUGGUGACAAAUUUUCCAGAAAUAAUACAAAGUGAAAGUUUUUGUAUCCUGUUACAGGCCCAGGCCAUGAGCAGCAAACCUGACCUCCUUGAUCAAGUUUUUGAAGCAGUUCAGAAAGGCAUCAGCACUGAAAAUGGCUGCAGUCUUCUUAUAGCUAUGGACACCUUACUGAGUUCCACAAAUGUGAAGGAAAUGGGGUUUACGUGCAAGAUCCAGGCUCUGCGUGAUAAGCUGUGGAUCUUCCUGGUUCAGUCAUUUUAUGCUGUUCGUCACACAGGGAGCUGGAAGCUGCUGAAGCCAGACCAUCAACAGCAAAUACAAGCAGCUGCUUUUGACAAAGGCGAUGAUAGAAGACCAACCAAAAAGCCCGUUUUCACUAGUUCUCAGUUAAACAGAUGCAUUACUGAUGCUUUUGGUAUAAACCCUACUGCUUGGAAAGCAGACAGACAGAAAAGCAGUUGGGGUGGUUCCUCCACUAAUCGGGAUAAAAUGAAAUCCGAUGGAUUAGGAGCAUCUGGACACACAUCGGCUACCAACAGGAACAGCACUAAUAAGGCUUUGAAACAUGACGAUUUAAAGGGGAAAGACAGUAAAAAAGCAGUUUGUAAGAUGACAAAAGAAUCCAAAAUGGUAGAGAAAACACCUUCACCCAAGGCUAGAGCUGUAAUAAAAUCCAAAACAGAAAAUAAUGGAACUGCUAAGACAGAAGGCUUGCUGACUAGACAGGAUUCUGACCGAUCAUUGUCUGCUGGCAUCCACAAAAAUGUAGGAAGUGCCAAAGGUUUGAAAAACCAAGAAGGUAAAACUGCUGGUGCCCGACCAAAAGUACUUCCUGGGAGCUCAAGCAUACAGAUUAAAGCAAAACCACUGAAGAAGACCACUGGCAAGGAGUCUCCCUCUCUCUUGGGCACUGAAACACUGAGCAAAUCAACCAACUCAAGCACAGAUUUACGGAUGUCCAUUGAGCAACUAGAUGAAUUCAAGGAGGAAAAAAUAGAUGAAGGCAAACAACACUCAGCUUUGAAAACAAAGUCUACUUCGAAGAUGACUAAUGGAGCCCAUAAAAAACAUGUUAAUGAUCUUGAAGCUAAUAGUCCAGUGAACAGUUCUGUAAAGAAAUGCACUGGAAAGGGAAAUAAUGAACAUUUACCGCAAGGAGUUUUGAAGAAAAAAGGAAAUGAAGCUGGCAGUUCUUCACAUCAGCAGAAGUUGAAGAAUGUAGCUAAUGCUUCAAAAGGCCAAGGUCUGCCAGGAGAUUUGCCAAGUCAACUGAUGCCUGGGCAUUCUCCAAAACAAAAUGAAGAAAAAAAUAUGACACAACACUUGACACAAUCGGAGAAGCAAGCUUCAUCAAAGAAAAAGUCCAAAUCUUCUCAAAGUGCUUCAGUUAAAGCUACUGCAAAAAUAAUAGUAACAGCCAAAAACCAAACCCAUUCAAAGAAGAGUGAAGCAGGGAAUAGUAAAGAGCACAAACAGAAAACGGUUACAGGGCAAUCUGUUUUAAAGUUUGCAUCUUCAAGCCAGAAGCAUUCCAGAAGUGAAUCACCAGUUCCAAAGACCACACAUGGAGAAGGACAAAAACAUUCAAACCCUAAGCAUGAAAAUUCUGCAUCAGGAACUGAGCUCCAUGGAAGUAACAAAGCUGCUCCAGGGAAGAAAAAUAAUAAUGGUGCAUCUUUGCUUGAAAUAGAUAAAAGACACAUACCUAAUUCAGAAAAGACUGGUCCCCUUGGCGAGAAACUACCCAAAAGAGAUUUAGAAUACCCUUAUACUACAGAUCUAGGGAUGUCCAUUCAAACUGAGAAGACUGCAAACCAGGUUAAGAAUGAAAAGAAUGAUAAAUCUCCUUCAAACGCAAAGACUGAAGAAUGUAAUGCAACUGAAUUUCAUCAUGUUAAGGAGCUAAAGGGCACUGCAUAUGAAAAUGUUGACCAGAAUCUAAUUAUUUUGGCUUCAAAUGAAGAAAUGUUAAAAUCCAAGACACUUUCUGAUUCUAUUGCUUGCCCGAAUAAGGACUCUUUGGUACAAGCAACAUCAGUAGACACGUUCACAUCUGAAAAGGACAUUAACUACAGUGACGAGCCACCGCAUAGGUUUUCUGAAGCAAUGAAUGAUAGCUGUAACUCAGAACAAGAGGAACAGAAGUCGUCGAAGCCCUGCAUGGUAGUGUCUGAAAGUAUUGAUGAGUUCUCUGAUAAGUCAGUCUUGACCGAGUCUCAGUCUGCUACAGUGGAAUCGGAUGCUGCUUCAAGAUCUUUCAUAGGACAAGUGACUGAAAAAUGCUCCUCUAAAGACACUGAUACCACAGAAACACCUGAGAGCCAUGAAAACUCAGAGGCCCCAUAUACAGAACAUUGGAAUUUGAGCUCCAGUGCACUUGAUCCAAAAGAAAGCCCUGAAUCAGACACUGGCAGUGCAACAACAUCAUCUGAUGAUAUAAAGCCAAGGUCAGAAGAUUAUGAUGCUGGAGGCUCUCAGGAUGAUGAGGGGUCAAAUGAAAGAGGGAUUUCAAAAUGUAGCACUAUGUUAUGCCAUGAUUUCCUUGGCAGAAGCAGCAGUGAUACAAGUACACCUGAGGAGCUUAAAAUUUAUGAUACCAGUCUACGAAUAGAAGUAAAAAUGAAAAAGGAGAAUUCUGACCUCUUCCGGAUGAUUUCAACAAGCGAUGAUGAGAUUCCUAGAAAAAGGCCUGAAACAUGGUUGCAUCAGGGUGGUGAGAGAAGGUGUGGAUCCCGAGGGAAUAAUGCCAGUUUCGCCACUGUACAAUUUCCUCAGGAAGCUGAUCAGGUCUCCUCUUCAGCAGAUGAAACUGAAGAUGAAAAGUCUGAAAAUGAAAACGUUGUAGAAAAUCUGCCUCCAUCACAAGUUCCUGUUCAGCAGUUCCAUGGAAUAGUGAAUCUAGCCUUUGAAGAUGCAGCAGAAAAUGAGGCAGAAAAUCAAGAAUUCUCUGCUACUAAAAACUUCAAGAGGUCUGUGCUACUUUCAGUCGAUGAAUGUGAAGAAUUAGGAUCAGAUGAUGGUGGAGAGGUCCACACACCCCUCCAAUGUCCUCUGGAUGCUGCAACUCCUUCUGAUGUGUUUGAUGGUACUUCCCAUGAGCAUCCUGGCAAAACAUUUUAUUCAAGAUACUCCUUAGAGAUUGAGGAUGGAUUUCUGGAGUGUAAAGAUAAUGAUAACAACAAAAACACAAGGCUGGACAAAACUGAGGACUGUUCUGCAGAUUCUUGUGGAAGUGAGCAAAAAGGAAAUGAUAAUUUGGGUACUUUAGUUACAGAACAAAAGGCUACAGAGAAAACUGUGACAGUAGCACACAACGAGUCUUCCACAGAAGAUAAGGAGAAUGCCAGAAGUGAAGAAAAUAAUGAAUUUCAGUGCAAUAAAGUUCCAGACAGUGACCCAAAGUCUCAAGGAAGACCAUGUCAUUUGGAUCUUCAUCAAAGAGAUAAUAAUGAGCUACAAAAGAACGGCUCUACAAAACCUGUAGAUCUGUGUAGGAGUCACUUAUUGACUCAGGAACUUCACCUGAAAGAAAGUGAGCCAGCAUCUACUGAAUAUCCUAGCACUGCUUUAUCUGCAGGAGACAUAGAUGAUUGUGACAGAUUGACACAAACCUGCAUGUAUGAGCAUCGGCCUCCAAAAACCCUUUCUCCAAUAUACGAGAUGGAUGUUGGGGAAGCUUUUGAGCAGAGGAUGGAAACAGAAGUGGACAUUCUGGAUGUGGAUUUUGAAGAUCAGGAAUUUGCAGAACAGGACUGGACACUUCUCAGGCAAUUGUUAUCAGACCAAGAGUCAAACAUGGACAUCAAAAAUUCUGUUCCUGAAGACCUUAACUUGGCACAGUAUCUCAUCAAUCAGACACUAUUUCUAGCACGAGACAGUUCACAACCUCAGGGUAAAGCACAGAUUGACACUUUCAGCAGGUGGACUGAACUAAUAUCUCCACUGGAUGAUUCUUCAGCAAGCAUCACAGUGGCAAGUUUUUCCUCUGAAGAUUGUUCUUCCCCACAAGGGGAAUGGACAAUUCUUGAACUUGAAACUCAUCAUUGAUCAGAUGUUUGACAUAAGACUUCUUUCCUUCUUUCCUGUACCUCUGCAAGUAAAUAUUUGGUGCAGUAUUUCCAUACUGUAAUAAAUAGAGCAUCAGUUCUUGAUACUGAAACAGUCCUGCCAUUCUAACUAAGAUUUCAUUGCAAAUAAACUUAAGAGAAUUUUAAUGAUUGUUUUUAAAAAGCUAUUUUUCAGCAUGAUUUUUUCCCUCUUCUAUGAGUCUUAGGAAGAAUUAGGUGACCUGUAUGAAAAAGUCAUGGCUUACUGUCCUACUCUGUAUUCAUUCACCACUUAAUUAUAUAUGUCUGGAGGCCCAAUUAAUUAAAUGUGAAUGCAAAAUAAGUAGUGCUACCCAUUUUCUUCUAUCAUUCUCCAUAUAGUAACUUAUUCAAGGAUAAGAAAUUCACAGCAAUUAUGUCAAAAAGAUGUGUGCCAACAUUACUUUAAAUACUAGAAAUGUCUGUUUGAAUGUACAGGAAAAGUUUUGAUGCACCUGUUUCUGAAUUUAUUUAUAAAGAGCAGCAUGUAUGUUUUGUUCUCUCCAGAUUGAUUUUGUACCUUUUUUUGUUUUGAAACUUUUCAAUAAAUUUCUAAAUUGUUUAAA